AUAUUCAUAAAUGAAUACAGAAAUAUAUGUAUACAUUUGCUAAUAUCCUGUUCUCCUGGAUUUUGCAGACUAAGGUGUCAAGAAAGCAAAUGAUGUGGACCUGGGAAGAAAUAAAAAAUCUCGGGCUGUACCAGCUCACCAUGGACAUCAUCGUAAUGAUUCGAGUAUGUAAGAUGUUCCGCCAAGGCCUCAGGGGAUUCCGGGAGUAUCAGAUCACUGAACCUGUUCAAAGGAAGCAGCCUAUCUUCUCCUUUUGGGAUAAAAGGAAGCAAUGCCGGAUCACGUUUGAUACCAUGGACUUUGCUGCAGAGGAGGGUCACCUCCCUCCAAGGGCCAUUCACAUCACACAGAAGCAGCCAUCCUGGAGGACAGAUCAGGAGAUCCAAGCCCUCUGCAAUGUUCUACAGGUUCUAGAUUGCUACCGCAACUAUGCAGAAACCCUGCAGCUGCUCCUGGCCAAGGUCAUGCGCUUUGAAAGGUUUGGGCGCAGGCGUGUGAUCGUCAAGAAGGGGCAGAGAGGCAAUAGUUUUUAUUUCAUCUACCUGGGCACUGUUGCCGUGACCGAGGACGAAGACGGAAGCAGCGCUUUCCUCGACCCCCACCCAACUCUGCUGCGCAAGGGCGGCUGUUUCGGGGAAAUGGGCCUUCUGAGCACUGCAGUCAGGAGAGCCACAGUGGUCUGCAUGGAGGAAACAGAGUUCCUGGUUGUCGACCGGGAGGAUUUCGUUGCAAAUAAGCUGGACGAUGAAGUUCAGAAGGAAACCCGCUAUCGGUACAAUUUUUUUAGGAAGUUGGAUCUGUUCCAGUCUUGGUCUGAUGAGAAACUCGGGCAGAUAGUAGCUUUGGGGAGGCUGGAGAAGUUCUCACAUGGACAGCUGGUGGCAAAAGACUUUGUGGAGUCGUCAUUUGUCACAUUUAUCUGCAAGGGCAGCUGUGAGAUCCUGCGGAUGUUAGACCUGGGGUCCUCCAGUUCCUAUUACAAGUGGGUCUGGCAGCAGCUGGAGCUGUUGGACCACAAACCUCUGGGAGUUCACCGCAAUGUGAUGUCUCCUAUGGAGAGAUUUAAGGAAUUCCAGAUCAAAUCAUAUCCUCUACAAGACUUCAGCUAUUUGAAACUUCUGCGUCUCCAGGAAGCCAGAGAGCAAAAGGGAACAGCUGCUCACGGGAAGAUCAACACAAGAGAAAAUAGUCUCCCAAAGCUGCUGGGCCCGAAGGUCAAAGCCAAGUUUGGUCAUCCAGUCAAAUGUACCAUGAUCAAAACCAAGUUUGGUGAACUCCCCAAGGAGGCCGCAGUGGGGAUCUACAUGAAGGUCCACACUCUGAAGGAAGGAGAUAUUGUGGGCAUUCACCAGGCCUUUCUUCCGGAAUGCCUGCGUGAUCUUCGACCCUUCAGCCUUUUGAGCAUGGGAACAGAGUUGAUACGGGUGAGAAAAGAGAAGUUUUAUGAGUUGAUUGAUGCAGAGACGAAAGAAAAGAUAAUAAAGAUGGACGUGAAUUAUCCCAGUGAUGAAGAGCUGUGUCAGAGGUUCCUGAAAGAAAACAGCUGGAAUAUCUUCCGGAAGGAUCUGCUGCGGCUGCUGGUGAAGCCCCUCAAUAAGCAACCCUUCAUCCCGAUCCGUUCCAAGAGGAAAGAGAUCUACAACCCUAAGUCUUUGACCCUGGAUUUGUGUAACCUCAACAAGAGGGUGAAACCACGCUAUCCUGUUUUUGUGGCACCCCAGAAAUACCUAUCCCCCUUGAAGAUUGUCCAAGCUGUUUCAGCACCCCGGCACAAAAUUCAAGAACUCCUGCCUCAAUAUAAAAAUGCAGGGGUCCUCCUUUAGAAUCAAUAAAGUACGUUGGGAUUGGC